GCGGCCGGAAGGCUGUGCGCCCUCGCGGGGCAUGAUGGGGGAGUUGGAGAUUUCCAUCAUGGCGGCUUCCAUUUCGGGCUACACCUUCAGCGCUGUGUGUUUCCACAGCGCCAACAGCAACGCGGACCACGAAGGAUUUCUGCUGGGAGAGGUAAGACAAGAGGAAACCUUUAGCAUCAGUGACUCACAAAUCAGCAACACAGAAUUUCUGCAAGUAAUCGAAAUCCAUAACCAUCAGCCUUGUUCAAAACUUUUUAGUUUUUAUGACUACGCAAGCAAAGUUAAUGAAGAGAGUUUGGACAGGAUUCUUAAAGAUCGGAGAAAGAAAGUUAUUGGGUGGUACAGAUUCCGGCGAAACACACAGCAGCAGAUGUCAUACAGAGAACAGGUUAUCCAUAAACAGCUUACCCGCAUCCUUGGUGUGCCUGACCUCGUCUUUCUUCUCUUUAGCUUCAUCUCCACUGCCAACAAUUCCACUCAUGCUUUAGAAUAUGUUCUCUUCAGACCAAAUCGCAGGUAUAAUCAAAGAAUAUCACUUGCUAUUCCCAAUCUAGGCAAUACUAGCCAACAAGAGUACAAAGUGUCUUCAGUGCCAAAUACUUCUCAGAGUUAUGCCAAAGUUAUUAAAGAACAUGGUACUGACUUUUUUGACAAGGAUGGAGUGAUGAAAGACAUCAGGGCCAUUUAUCAGGUUUAUAAUGCACUUCAGGAGAAAGUACAGGCAGUGUGUGCAGAUGUAGAAAAGAGUGAGCGAGUUGUUGAAUCUUGUCAGGCAGAAGUGAACAAAUUAAGAAGACAAAUCACUCAGAGGAAGAAUGAAAAGGAACAAGAAAGAAGGCUGCAGCAGGCAAUGUUCAGCAGACAGAUGCCAUCUGAGAGUGUGGAGCCUGCGUUCAAUCCUCGGAUGCCCUCUUCUGGGUUUGCAGCUGAAGGUAGAAGUGCACUUGCAGAUGUGGAGCCCUCUGAUCCUCCUCCCCCAUAUUCUGAUUUUCACCCAAACAAUCAAGAGAGUACUCUGAGCCAUUCACACAUGGAAAGGAGUGUCUUUAUGCCUCGACCUCAAGCCGUGGGGUCUUCUAAUUAUGCUUCCACCAGUGCCGGACUGAAGUACCCUGGAAGUGGCGCAGACCUUCUUCCUUCCCAAAGAGCAACUGGAGACAGUGGUGAGGAAUCAGAUGACAGUGAUUAUGAAAAUUUGAUUGACCCUACAGAACCCUCUAAUAGUGAAUACUCAUAUUCGAAGGAUUCACGACCCAUGACACAUCCCAAUGAGGAUCCCAGGAACACUCAGACCUCCCAGAUUUAACUAAACAAAAGAAACUCUCCACUUAGCACUGUUUUUCUUAAUUGCUUAUUGAGAGUUUGUUGAGGACUUCAUCUGGGCGGAGAAUGGCCUUCCCAGAUGGUGUGGAUCACUAGAGGAGAGUCCUCGAAUGCAGAACUUGUAGGAGCCUCUGCUGGUGGUCCUCGCCUUUGAUGCAGUGCACAGGUUUCAUGACAGAAUCACUAAGAUAAUCAAAUUGUCCUAAUUCUGGUGCGAUUCAUGGAUGUACUGGUAAAUUUAGGCAAAGCGAAACUUAUCAGUAUAGUUUCUGUUCUUUAAAUUGGAAAUUAGAGACUAAGCACAAUUUAGUCUAUAAAUGUUCUAAUAAAUCAAAAACUUACCUCUUGCACUAUCAUGCCUUGAAAUUUACUUUUUCAAAGGGAAACAAGUUUAGCAGCAGCAGCCUUCAAAGAACUUCUUUCUAUGAUGAGCCAAAUUCAUCUUUGCCAGAAAAGAAAUUUUGCUAAUUCCAAGAAGCCUGAUUGGAACAAAUCACAUAUACCUUCUCUUGUCUGCAUGACUUUGUGAGAUUGAAAGAGAAGGCUUUGUUUCAACUUUUUUCUACUAGCCUGAUAUGUAUUGUCACUUAAAAUGGUUGCCUUUAAAAAAAAAAAAAAGUAGAAAUACUAAUUACCAGUAAGUAAUCAUCCAAAUAAGUAUGUCAUAAAAUAAGUACUUUUUUUUUUUUUUUUUGGUGGGUGACAGUGACUGCUGUGUUGCACUAGCACAUUAUGGUCUCUGUUCUGGAGUCUUAGAAGAAGUGGAUAACAGCAGUGGAUAACAAAAAGGAGUUGGGUACCAGACCUGAGUUUUAUGACUAACAGAUUCCAGACACAGUGGAUUUAGCUGAGUUCAUAUGUAAGAGAUAUAACUCAUUUAACUCUUCUGACAAAUCCUAGUGUUAGUUUUAUUUGUGCAGGAAAAACAUUUAAUUAACUGGGAAUCUUGGUAAAUAAAGAUUCGUUUUAAAUCUGAAUAACAUACUUUUUUUUAAAUUGCCAUUUGGGGGAUAAUUGUGGAGUGUGUAGAAAAACUCUGUUGGGAUGCACUUAUAUUUUUAUUUAAUUACUGCCUGUUUUCUAGUUUUGCCCAAAAUGUGUGAAACCACUAAAACAUUCAUGAGUUAUGUUGGGCGCCUGGUUUGGAAAUGGCAGGACCCACUGUUUAUGAGGACUUUAGCCCAUGAAGUUAAUACUGGGAGCUAAACUGCCUUUACCUUGGACUAGUUAAAACCUGUAAGAAUAAGGAAAUUGUUAAAGAGGCUUAAAUUCCAUUCCAAGAGCACAGUUUCAUUUUAUAAGGUAGGUGUUUACUCACUGAGCUCCGGUUCUCAAACUAAAGUAGACAAUAGAAUAUGGACUUUAAAAUGAAAUGCUGAAACUGCCAUUCUUUGGAUGUGCACUCUGUGGGGUCUGUAUUUUAACUGCUGUCGUGGUCUUGCUGGCCUUAUGCCACUGCCAUUUGAUUUGGAAUGUUGCAGAUCAUUUUAUCUGCAAAUGCGUUCCUGUUUUUAUCAGCUACCUACUAGCGGCUUCAGCACCAGUAUGAAUUUCAUUUUUAUUUUCAAGUGCCAUUGCCAUCUCCUCUGUUCAGAUUUUGACAUUCAGGAAAAUAUUUUUAUUUUUUAUGCCAUACUGAAAUCUACAUUGUAUAUCUGACAAAGCAGUUAAAUGUGACAAUAAAAACUUAUUUAAUCAUGG